AUGCGGAACCCAUUCGAGUUGGACUUUGAGAGCGUCGAUGGCGACUCCGAGCCUCAGGAUUUCGAGACUUCCGAUGGACAUCUGCAGCAGGAGGAGGCAAUGAACCAGCACCGUCGGAGUAUGGACUACCGACCAAAGCAGAGAAACGAUGGAGACCGCUCGCUUCUGCAGGAUGAAGAGCACGCAGAUGUCGACUUGAAGAAUCGGUUCAUCGGUACCAUUGACCAGGGUACGACAAGUACACGAUUUAUCAUUUUCGAUUGCACAGGUGUUCCUGUCGCCAAAUACCAAACCGAGUUCCGUCAGAUUCAUGAACAUCCAGGAUGGCAUGAACACGACCCUUACGAAUUGGUUGAAUCGGUCUAUAUCUGUAUCGAAGAGGCUAUGAAUUCAUUCUUGGCCCUCGGUCACACCGUCUCCGAUAUCGAAGCCAUUGGCAUCACCAGCCAAAGAGAAACCGCGUUGGUUUGGGACUGGGAGACCGGCGAGCCCCUCCACAACGCAAUUACUUGGACCGACACACGUACCGUCGAUUUGGUACGCGAAUUGAAAGAAAAGCCCGGAGCUGAUGAUCUCGUCAACAUUUGCGGUCUACCCCUCUCCACAUACCCCUCAUCUGUCACCCUACGAUGGAUGCUCGACAACCUGCCCGAUGUCCGGUCAGCAUAUGAUGACGGGCGAGCUGCCUUUGGAACGGUCGACAGUUGGCUCAUUUAUAACUUGAACGGUGGCCCGCAGAAUAAGCGUCUGGUCACGGACGUGACCAAUGCCUCGCGCACCAUGUUCAUGAACCUCGAAACCCUCCAAUACGAUGACAGACUUUUGAAAUUCUUUGACAUUGACCGAAACAAACUUCGUCUGCCGGAGAUUCUCCCCUCCGCUGAUCCCGAGGGCUUCGGUAAGGUGGCCGAAGGGCCACUAGAGGGUGUUCCCAUCACCAGUUGUCUGGGUGACCAAGCUUCAGCCUUGGUGGGCCACUGUGCCUUCACCCCGGGAAUGGCCAAGAACACAUAUGGUACUGGAUGCUUCCUUCUCUACAACGUGGGUGAAAAACCUGUUAUCUCGAAACACGGUUUGCUCGGCACCGUGGGCUUCCAAUUAGGACGGGACCGCAAGGCCGUCUAUGCACUGGAAGGCAGUGUGGCGGUUGCUGGCAGUGGUGUGUCUUUCCUUAUGAACAAUCUCGGCUUCUUCCGCGACUCCCGGAAGGUCAGCGAUCUGGCUGCCAGUGUACCAGAUAAUGGAGGCUGCAUUUUCGUCACUGCGUUCAGUGGUCUCUUUGCUCCUUACUGGAUUGAUGAUGCCCAGGGUACUAUUUGGGGAAUCACUGCCCACACCCAAAAAGGGCACAUUGCCCGCGCAACUAUGGAAGCCGCCUGCUUCCAAACGAAAGCCAUCCUUGACGCAAUGGCGAUGGACAGUGGCAAGAGCCUUACCGAACUGGCUGUCGACGGCGGCAUGAGUAAUUCCGACGUUUGCAUGCAGACUCAAGCUGAUAUCAUUCGCAUUCCUGUUGAGCGCCCCUCAAUGCACGAGACUACUGCUCUGGGUGCCGCGAUCGCCGCCGGCUUUGCCGUUGGCAUCUGGAAAGACUUCGCCGAACUCAAGCACAUGAACCGCGCCAACCGAGCCUCCUUUACCCCUGUGAUGUCCGACAAAGAAAGCGCCCGCAUGUAUAAAAAGUGGUCCAAAGCCGUGGAGAUGUCUCGCGGUUGGAUGGACAAGGAAGAUCGGGGUCAUGGCGAUGACGAAUAA